GAGCUCUGCCGGCCGCCCCAGGGGCGGCGCGCACCUCUGCCUGCGGGGUUCUGCUGCGAAGGCGCUUCACGCCCACGUGCCAGGCUCAGCUCUGCCCGCGCCGCCUCGAGGGUCCUGCGUGCACCCUCCGUUACCGCAGCCGUCGCCCCGGUACCGCUUGGGGUGCCAACCCUGGAGCUCGGAGGAAGGCGGGCGGUAGGGCGGCUUCGUCGGUGGCGCAGCGACCCUCGCCGCCUUCCCCUCUGCCGUCCACCUGCGGGCUUCCUCCCGGCCGCCUCUGCUCUCGGUUGCACAGCAGCGGUGCGGCGGUUGGAGUUCUCUGCUCCCUAGGUCGUGUUGUAGCCGCACAAAGAUGGUUGCCUCCAGAAGUUCUCCCACGCGAGGAAGGAGCACGUUCCACGAAGCUCCCUGCAAAGCUGUCCUGGCUUCUGUUUGGUCUGAGCGGGGCCCCUCACACCUUCUGGGGUAGAAACUGGCAGCAGGAGUAGGAUCACGCUAAGGCACCACGAGGGUCUCUGGGUUCAGCUUCCCACGUUGACGGUUGUCCCACAGCCUACGGUCUCCUGAUGGAGGACAGAGGCUCACCGGCCUUGGAAGAGGACUGGAGGUGCCUGCGCAGGGACUCGCCCUCGUUGGCGCCCACUGAGGGCCCUGCUGCGCAGGCCUCCCCCCAGCCCAGCAAGUCUGUGUCCUCAGCCCACAGGCACCUGAGCAGAAGGAAUGGACUCUCGAAACUCUGCCAGAGCAGGAUCGCACUCUCCGAAGACAGAUGGAGCUCCUACUGUCUCUCGUCACUGGCUGCUCAAAAUAUCUGCACAGGGAAAGUGCAAUGCCCAACCACAGCCGAGCAGGCGGACCCGGCUGGGUCUCUGGGCAGCACAUCCUGCUGCUCGCUGCUUCGCAGCUUGUCCUUGGGCUGCUCCACGCCCCUGCUCCCGGCCCCCGCGGGUAACCCCAACAAGGCUGUCUUCACCGUGGAUGCCAAGACCGCAGAGAUCCUGGUUGCCAAUGACAACGCUUGCCGGCUCCUGGGGUACAGCAGCCAUGACCUGAUCGGCCAGAAACUCAUGCAAUUCUUCCUGAAGCCGGACUGCGACGUGGUGGAAGCGCUCAGCGAGGAGCACAUGGAGGCCGAUGGUCACGCUGCUGUGGUGGUUGGCACAGUGGUGGAGGUCGUGAGCCGCAGCCAGGAGAGGAUCCCGGUGUCCGUGUGGAUGAAGAGGGUGAGGCAGGAGCCCCGCCUGUGCUGCGUGGUCGUGCUGGAGCCUGUGGAGAGGGUCUCGGCCUGGGUGUCUUUCCAGAGCGACGGAACCAUCACCUCGUGCGACAGCGUCUUUGCCCACCUGCACGGCUACGAGAGUGUGGACGAAGUGGCCGGGCAGCGCAUCACAGACCUGGUCCCUUCCAUGCAGCUCCCUGCCCCUGGCCAGCCUGUCCCCCAGAAUCUCAGGGUUCAGAGGUCUGUCGGAAGAGCCAAGGAUGGUGCCACGUUCCCCCUGAGCUUAAAGCUGAAACCUAAGCCCAGCCGCAAGGAGGUAGAAGCCGGGCAGGCUGCUCCUGAGCGGGGCUACUCAGCGUCCAUCUGGGUGUUCUCCACCAUCAGUGGCCUCAUCACCCUUCUGUCGGAUGGGACCAUCUAUGGCAUCAACCACAGCUUUGCCCUGAUGCUGUUCGGUUACGGGAGGGCUGAGCUCCUGGGCAAGAACAUCACCUUUCUGAUCCCUGGUUUCUACCGCUACAUGGACCUUGCAUACGACAGCUCCUUACCACUGCCAGACCCGGUCAGCCGCCUGGACAUGGGCAACCCGAGUGGGCCUGGGGAUACCACCAUGGACCCCCUGCAGAGCUGGACCACGGCCAAGGGGGUUAAUGUCGUGCUGGCUGGUGAUCACAUGCUGACCCCAGACAGGACCCCAAAGCCAGGGGGAAGCCAAGAGGCCGUCAAGGGGACCCGGGCCCAGGUGGACACUGGAGCCCAGCUUCCUUCUCCCCUCUCAUCCCCACCCACUCCUGGGGUGGACAGCAUUGCAGAAGGAAGCCCACCAGCCCAGGAACGGCCAUCGCCUGAGGACGAGCGGAACAUUCCAGAAGGAAACCCACCAGACCAUUGCCAGCUGUCAUUGCCUGAGGACCAGCAGGACACUGUCUUGGAGAAGCAGGAACCCACAGGAACAGAGAACCUCAGACAGGAGCUUUUGGGGGGAAGCAGGUCUGCCUCAGUGGACACACGACAGUUUGCUUCCUGUGAAGAUUCUGAAAUGCUGACCCCGGCUGAGGACAGCAGCCAGGGUGAAGUGUGUGGCCUGUCCCAGGAAGCACAGCGGGGGUGCAUGGGUUCAAGCACUGCGAGCAGUUCCAUCCAUCUGGCUGAUGCCACGGGGCAGUCGGCAGGGGCAGGCCUCCUGGUGCUGCACCCGGGGUAUGGAGCUGAGCGGAGCACGCCCCAGAUGAGCCUGGCUGUGGUCCCCAGUCCCUUGGGUCCCUCAGGAUCAGCGCAACACUUGCUCUCUAUGCCUACUUUGGAGGAGCAGUGGCCGGGAGUGCAGGAUGACAGGGAGGAGCUGCAGACUUGCUUACUGAAGGAGCGGCUGUCCAAGUCGCGCUUUGGGGGACCUCGCGGUGUCACCUCUGUUGAGCUGAUCCCGGCCGAGCCUACUCACUUUUCCGCCCCUGUGUCGCUGUGUGACCUGGGAGGCAGAGACCUGUAUAGUGGCCACUCGGGCAGCUCCUCAGCCUGCUACGCCCUAGCCACAGACCUCCCGGGUGUCCUGGAUGCAGUGGAUGCCCCGGAGGCCGAUGGGAAUUCGUUUUUCUGGAACUUGAAGGACGUGCUUUAUAGCGAGUGGGCAGACCGAACUUCUUCCAACUGUUCCUGUGCCUCUUCUGAGCUCUUGGGGACAGCCUCCCCUUCGCUGGCUGGCUCCGAUGUAGAUGUGAGCGCUUUGCACGGGCACAGGGCAGAGGUGUUGGACGACAGGGAGCUGCUACUGCUGACUGGCACCUAUUUCAAUCUUGGCGAAGGCCGGCAGUUAUGUGAGACCCGUCUCGGCCUCAAUCCAACAGAACCGUCUGACACCUCAGCAUGUGAUGAUGUGAGUAGCAGAGAGAGUCCUGGCUAUAUCCUUCCCAGGUUGGGAGCUGGCCCCGCGGACGCAUGCCGGUUAGAGGAGCCCAGGCCGGGCAUCCAGGCCACCUCCACACCUGUGAGAAGGGACAUCUCGGUGACACCCAGAGCCACCAGCCUGCAGUGCAGGAUCCAGGAGGGCACCUAUGUGGGGAGCUGCUGCCACCGUGAUGGCUCACUGCUGAGUAUUCAGUUUGAGGUGAAGCGGGUGGAGCUCCAAGGCCCUGCUCCCCUGUUCUGCUGCUGGCUGGUGAAAGACCUCCUGCUCCGCCACCAGGCCUCGGCCACGCGGACCUGUCUGCUGCUAGCCAGCCUGCCCAGCUCCUCGCACUCGGCGUGUGAGCAUCCUGGGCCCAGCCCGGGGGAGGUGCUCCGAGGCAGACCGUGGUUUGAGGAGUCCCCCAAGGCUGGGGAGCUGGAGGGGCUAGCAGCCUGUGAGGGCGCAUACUCCCACAAGUACAGCACGCUGAGCCCACUGGGCAGCGGGGCCUUCGGCUUCGUGUGGACUGCUCUGGACAGGGAUCAGAAUAAGGAGGUGGUGGUGAAGUUUAUUAAGAAGGAGAAGGUGCUGGAGGAUUGUUGGAUUGAGGACCCCACACUUGGGAAAGUCACGUUGGAGAUAUCGAUCCUGUCCAGGGUGGAGCAUGCCAACAUCAUCAAGGUCCUGGAUGUAUUCGAGAACCAGGGCUUCUUCCAGCUCGUGAUGGAGAAGCAUGGCUCCGGCCUGGACCUCUUUGCAUUCAUCGACUGCCACCCCAACCUGGAUGAGCCUCUGGCCAGUUACAUCUUCCGACAGCUGGUGUCAGCGGUGGGGUACCUGCGCUCGAAGGGCAUCCUUCACCGCGACAUCAAGGACGAGAAUAUUGUCAUUGCUGAGGACUUCACCAUCAAGCUCAUUGACUUUGGCUCCGCUGCUUACUUGGAGAGGGGCAAACUGUUCUACACCUUCUGUGGGACGAUCGAGUACUGCGCGCCUGAAGUCCUCAUGGGGAACCCAUACAAGGGGCCGGAGCUGGAGAUGUGGUCGCUGGGAGUCACACUGUACACACUCAUCUUUGAGGAAAACCCCUUCUGUGAGCUGGAGGAGACCAUGGAGGCUGCAAUAAAUGCCCCGUACCUGGUGUCGCAAGAUCUCAUGAACCUCAUGUCUGGGCUGCUGCAGCCUGUCCCCGAGCAGCGCACCACCUUGGAGAAGCUGGUCACAGACCCCUGGGUGACACAGCCCGUGAACCUUGCUGACUACACCUGGGAGGAGGUGUGUGGAAUAAAUAAGCCAGAAAGCGGAGUCCUGUCCACUGUGAGUCUGGAGAUGGAGAGCAGGAGCCCCAGUGAGGCAGCUCAGCAACCAGAGCCAGGGGCGCCCCCUAACAGGCCCCGUCCAUUCAGGGAAAGUAAUCCUCAGGAUGGAGCCCAGUUCACCUAGAAACUCAUGAGUUUGAUAAAUGCCAGAACAAAAGCCAGUGGUGCUAUAUCAUUUCAGGUUUAUAAAGGAGACAUGGAGUUCAUUUCUCUCGUGACCUUGGAACACUGCAGAGUCCAGUCGAGUUUCGUGCUGUGAGCUGAAAGGCACACAGGCCUCUUCAAACUCGUCCCUUCUGUACACGUGCAUAUGUCUUGUUUCCUCUGACUCAGUCUAUGCUCAUCGCAUAGGUAGAGCUUAUAGAACUGAUGACCAGGGUAUUUCAUUAAUUUAUUUCCUUGAACAUUUCCCAAAUUAAAGCAAUUUUGUUAGUAAAAAA